AUGACGCCUGAAGCUCUGCAGGAAACAGCUCUGAGAAGGACCCCUGUAAAAAACGCGGGCAAAGCAGGCAGACAGGCCCGCACCCGCGCCCCACAACGCCCAGGCCCCGGCCCUCCCUCCCUGCCGCCCGGGCAAGGUUCAGAGCUUGUAUUUGUAAUACAGUACAUUUUCUUUCAGACAGAUGUCCAUGGUAGGAUAAGAGAAGUUCUUGCUGAGACUAUACGAGAAGAGUUAGCUCCUGAGCAUCAGCAGCUAUCCACAGAAGAUCUGAUAAAAGCAUUAAGACAACGAGGAAUCAUUGAUGAUGUUAUAAAAGAAGUUAAAUUUGUAACUGAUGUGAAUGAAAAGGAGAGAACUUCAGCUCCAAAGCCAUCAACACAUUUUGUUGAAAGAGAACCACCAAUUUUGAAGAAAACUAACAUUGACCCAACACGGAGGUAUCUUUACCUUCAGGUUUUGGGUGGAAAAGCUUUUCUGGAACAUCUUCAGGAACCAGAGCCUCUGCCUGGCCAAGUAUGUUCUACCUUCACUCUGUGUUUACAUUUUCGAAAUCAGCGCUUCCGUUCUAAACCUGUACCCUGUGCCUGUGAGCCAGAUUUUAAUGAUGGUUUUUUACUUGAAGUACACAAAGAGAGCCUAGGUGAUGGAAGUAAAAUGGUGGAUGCAACCACUAUGCUAUCUAUAUGUGAUCCAGUGCAUAUGGUUCUGAUCAAAACAGACACAUUCGGUGAGACAACACUAGUAGCAUCCUAUUUCUUGGAGUGGCGAUCUGUCUUGGCUGCAGAGAAUGGCAUAACAAAUCUUGCUGUUGAACUUCUGGGUGUAGGUACAGAAUCAAAGGUUUCUGUUGGUGUUUUAAACAUCAGACUGGAAAUGUAUCCACAGCUUACUAAGACACAGUCUCCAGAAGUAACUAAUACUCAAUUUGCUUUGGAACGUCAGAAAACAGCAGAAAAAGAACGAUUAUUUCUUGUAUAUGCUAAACAGUGGUGGAGAGAAUACCUACAAAUAAGGCCGACACACAAUGCAAGGCUAGUAAAGAUUUUUGCACAGGAUGAAAAUGGAGUAAACCAUCCAGUAUGUUCAUACAUCAGACCACUUCGAGCAGGGCGGUUAUUAGACACACCUAGACAAGCAGCACGAUUUGUCAGUGUCCUGGGUUAUGAAAGAGCUCCUGUCAUCGGAGGGGGUGGUGGCAAACAAGAACAGUGGUGCACCCUUCUUGCUUUUCUAUGUAGAAACAAGGGUGACUGUGAAGAUCAUGCUAACCUUCUGUGCAGUCUUCUUCUUGGGUUUGGAUUGGAAGCCUUUGUGUGUGUUGGAACAAAAGCAAAAGGAGUUCCCCACACUUGGGUAAUGACUUGUGGAACUGAUGGAACAAUUACAUUUUGGGAGAGCUUGACAGGACAUAGGUACAUCCACAGACCUAUCAACCCUGAUGACCCUCCACUAGUUGAACAACCCAAGCCACUGUAUCCAUAUCGCACGAUAGGUUGUAUCUUCAACCAUCAGAAGUUCUUUGGAAAUUGUCAGCCCUCUGAUGCUGUGGAGGUCUGUGUGUUUGACCUGCAUGAUGAAUCUAAAUGGAAACCCAUGAGUGGAGAGGCAAUAAAAUCUGUGUGUUCCCCAGGAACAACAUCUUCAGUUCCCCCUUUCCCUCCUCUAUGUGCUUCCUCAAUAGAUGCUGCGGUAGUAAGCAAUGAGAUAGAGUUGCAGCUGAGAAUACUGGUCUCUGAACACAGAAAGGAUCUUGGCCUUUCUACUAUUUGGGAUGACCAUCUGUCCUAUCUGUUGUCACCAGCAUUAGCAGCCUAUGAGCUUGAACGUACAACAAGUAUUUCUGCAGGAAAUGAAGAGUUUCAAGAUGCUGUAAGAAGANNNGUACCUGAUGGUCACACGUUCAAAGGGUUUCCUAUCCAUUUUGUAUACAGAAAUGCCAGGAGAGCAUUUGCCACAUGUCUUCGGUCUCCUUUUUGUGAAGAAAUAAUCUGUUGUAGGGGAGACCAAGUGCGACUUGCAGUUCGUGUACGAGUGUUUACAUACCCUGAAUCUGCAUGUGCUGUGUGGAUCAUGUUUGCUUGUAAAUACCGCUCUGUCCUUUGA